UGAUAUUUUGGUGAUGGUGUCAGAAUAUCAUGUAGUCUUAUUUUUGAAGUGAGAAUCUAAGCUGUAAUGGAUCUGUCUCCUGGACCCAACAUAGGGUGAGCAGAGAGUACAUAAAAUGUUUAUAGUAUAUGUUUUCAUGGGAUGGCUUGAGAGGUUCCUGCAGAAGAAUUUACGUAUUGAUAGUACCUUCAGUUAUGUAACGGGAACUGGACCGCAUACAUUUUCAAAUGGUGGAGGAGUUUAUUUAUCUAUUACCUUCUAAAACACCACUUGGGUAGAUCAUUUCCACCGAGGGUAAAAGAGCAAGUGAGAGGUCCCACCUGCAGAUAAAAAUAUACAGAGAAAGAAGACGAGAUGGACAACCUUGGCAAGGGAGGAGGAGGAUCAGAUAGUGGAUUGGAGGACAAAAAACAAGUAGAGGAAGAGGUCAGCGAGAGUGAUAAGAAGCUCAAGGACCAGCGCAACAAAGCUGAAAAGGGCGACAAAGAGAAGGGUGAAACAAAGAGGGAGAAUCGAAAAUCUGGUUCAUUGUGGAGAGAAGGUUGGGCACUUUCUGAACGUUUGGCCAUCAAUGUGUCAGGCAUGCGCUAUGAGACUCAGAUUCGCACUCUGGCCCAGUUCCCCGAUUCUCUGCUUGGAGACCCACAACGUCGGCUACGCUACUUUGACCCCCUCCGCAACGAGAUUUUCCUAGACCGCAAUCGAUUCUGCUUCGAUGCCAUCCUCUACUUCUACCAGUCUGGAGGUCGGCUACGGCGGCCUGCUAAUGUGCCUCUGGAUGUCUUCAUGGAUGAAUUGCGUUUUUAUGAGCUGGGAGAAGAUAUCAUGACUCGAUUCAAAGAGGACGAGGGCUUCCCAAAGGAGGAACCUCGGCCCCUUCCAAAAAAUGAGAUCCAACGCAAGCUGUGGAUUCUCUUUGAACACCCGGAAUCCUCUGGAGGUGCCCGUAUCAUCGCUAUCAUUAGUGUGAUGGUGAUUGUGGUCUCCAUCCUCAUCUUCUGUUUGGAGACACUGCCUGACUUCAGAGCAGAAAAGGAGCUGAGAGAGCAAUAUUCAUACCAGCCUCAUCCCAAUAUUGCAAACAGCACAAUACUCGUCCCACCCCUGUCCUCUCCCUUCCAAGAUCCAUUCUUCCUAGUAGAGACCGUGUGCAUCUGCUGGUUUUCAUUUGAACUAAUGAUGCGUUUCACCUGCUCUCCCAGUAAAAUGAUUUUCUUUAAGGAUGUGAUGAACAUCAUAGACUUCUUUGCCAUCAUUCCCUACUUUGUCACACUCGGCACCGAGCUGGCCAAGUCUAAGGGAGCCACGCCGAGCAUGUCCCUGGCCAUCAUCAGGGUUAUCCGUCUGGUCCGAGUGUUCAGGAUCUUCAAGCUGUCCCGCCACUCCAAAGGCCUUCAAAUCUUGGGCCAGACACUAAAAGCCAGCUUGAGAGAGCUGGCCCUUCUCAUCUUCUUUCUUUUCAUUGGAGUCAUUCUGUUCUCCAGUGCCGUGUACUUCGCAGAGGUGGACAACCCGGGCACGGCCUUCACCAGUAUCCCAGAGGCCUUCUGGUGGGCUGUGGUCUCCAUGACAACAGUGGGGUACGGCGACAUGUAUCCAGAGACGGUGGGCGGAAAGCUGGUGGGCUCUAUGUGUGCUAUCGCUGGUGUGCUCACCAUCUCACUCCCUGUUCCUGUCAUCGUUUCUAACUUCAGCUACUUCUACCACCGUGAGAUGGAGUGUGAGGAUAACCAGGAGUACACUCACGUAAACACCGACCUUUGGGAGGAGGAAGAGGGUGAAGGAGAGGGAGAAGAGGGUGAGGAAGGGCCAGGGGAACAUGGAAACUAUGUCCCUCUUGAGGGAGGCACAGCCUACAGGGGGAUCUGUGCUCCUCUUAAUGGAACUCUUCUUGCUGGAUUUUGUGCUGGGCAAGCUGGAGAGCAAAGAGGAGGGACCAUUUACCUACGGGAGCCACUGGUCACCCAAGUCUGAGACACUGGAGUUCAGAGAGUGACAUAAGAGAGAGAGAUGGCCCAUGUUCACUGGACACUGUCUCGCUGUGAAUCUGAAUAUAUGGGGAUUGAAAGGAAAGUAGGAAUGCAGGAAAGAACGCAUGAGAGAGAAACUGAUACAGAGGCUUGCACGCAAAAGGUACAUUAAAGCCAGAGGAGGACAUAUUACAGGAUAAAGAGUAUGCAGUAAAGACGUUACAAAAAUCACUGACCAGCAAUAAAACAGAUUUAACAUCCAUAAGCCAUUUUCCUAAUGCUGUGCUUACAAAACUUUAUGGUAACACUUAACAAUACGUUUUUACAUGUUAAUACUAGUUAACGCAAAGAAAUAACAAUGAACAAUACUUUUACAGCAUUUAUUAAUCUUUGUUAAUGUUAUUAUCUAAAUACAGUGGCAAGAAAAGGUAUGUAAACCCUUUGGAAUUACCUGCAUUUAUGUAUAAAUUUGUCUUAAAAUCUGGUUUUAGUUAAUCUAAGUUACAAUAAAGAAUAAACACAAUCUGUUUUAACUAAUAACACACACAUUAUUGUAUUGUUCUUGUACAUAUUGAAUACAUCAUUCAGACAUUCACAGUGUAGGUUGGAAAAUGUAUGUGAACCCCUAGGCUAAUGACAUCAACAAAAGCUAAUUAGGGUCAGGAGUUGGCACACCUGGCAUCCAACUAAUGAAACUAGAUUGGAGAUGUGGGUUAGAGCUACUUUGACGAAUCAAAGGCACUCAAACAUUUUGAGUUUGCUAUUCACAAGAAGCAUCUGCUGAUGUGAAUGAAUGAAUGAAUAUUAUAUUUAUGUAGUGCUUUUCUGACACUACACUCAAAGCGCUAAACAUACUGAACAGGGGACUCUCCUCACCCACCACCAGUGUGCAGCAUCCAACUGGAUGAUGCAACGGCAGCCAUAGUACACCAGUACACUCACCACAAACCAGCUGUUGGUGGAGAGGAGAGAGUACAGUUAUAUAGCCAAUUCAGGGAUAGGGAUUAUUAGGAAGCCAUAGGCCAGGACACAGGGGUUACACCCCUACUCUUUGCAAGAAGUGCCCUGGGAUUUUAAGUGACCACAGAGAGUCAGGACCUCGGUUUUAUGUCUCAUCCGAAGGACGUGGAACGUGCCUCAUUAAUAAGAGAUCUCAGAAGACAUAUGAUCAAGAAUUGUUGCUUUGCAUAAAGCUAGAAAGGGUUACAAAGUUAUCUCCAAGAGCUUAGAUAUCUGUCCACAGUUAGACAAAUUGUCUAUAAAUGGAGACAAUUUAGUACUGUGGCUACUCUCCCUAGAAGUGUCCGUCUAGCCAAGAUGACUCAAAGGGCAUACCGCAGGAUGCUCAAUGAGAUAAAAAAGAACCCUAGAGUGACAGCUGAAGACUUGAAGGAAUAACUGGAACUGGUUAACAUCUCUGUUCAUGAGUCUACUAGACAAAAAACAUUAAACAUGCAUGGUGUUCAUGGCAGGACAUGACAAAGGAAGUCGCUGCUUUCCAACUAAACAUUGCUGCGUGCUUGAAGUUUGCCAAAGAUCAUCUUGACACUCUACAACGCCACUGGGAAAAUGUUUUGUGGACUGAUGAAACUAAGGUUGUGUUGUUUGGGAAGAACAGGGAGCACUACAUAUGGCGUAAAAAGGGCACCGCAUACCAACAUGAAAACAUCAUCCCAACGGUGAGGUACGGUGGAGGGAGAGUCAUGAUUUGGGGCUGCUUUGCUGCCUGAACCGCUUGCCAUCAUCAAGGGAAAAAUUAAUUACCAAGUUUAUUAAGAUAUCUACAGCAGUGGUUCCCAACCCUGUCUCUGGAGGCCCCUCAACACAGCAAAUUUUUUAUAUCUCCCUUAUCUGACACACCCAAUUCAGGUCAUAGAGUCUCUGCUAACGAGCUAAUGAGUUGAAUCAGGUGUGUUUGAUUAGGGAGAUAUCCAAAAUGUGUAGUGUUGGGGGGCCUCCAGGAAUAGGGUUGGGAACCACUGUCCUACAGGAUAAUGUCAGGGUGGCUGUGCGCCAGCUGAAGCUCAGUAGAAGUCGGGUGAUGCAGCAGGACUAUGACCCUAAACAUCAAAAUAAAUCCACUACAGAAUGGCUUAAUUUUUUUUUUUUUUUUUAAAUCCACCUUUUGGAGUGGCCCAGUCAGAGCCCAGACCUUAACCCAAUAGAGCUGAUGUAGAAUGACCUCAGGAGAGCUGUUCACACCAGACAUCCUAAGAAUAUGGCUGAGCUGAAGCAGUUCUGUUAGGAAGAAUGGUCCAAAAUUCCUUCUGAACAAUGUGCAAGUCAAAUCCGCAGCUACAGGAAACACUUGGUUGAGGUUACUGCUGCCAAAGGAUAGACCAGUUAUUAAAUCCAGGGGUUCACUUACUUUUUCCACAGCACUGUGAAAGUUUAAUGGGAAGUGUUCAAUAAAGACAUGAAAGAUUAUAAUUGUUUGUGUGUUGUUAGCAUCAGCACAUUGGGUUUGUCUAUACUUGUGACUUUGAUGAAGAUGAGAUCACAUUUUAUGACCAAUUACUGCAGAAAACCAGCUAAUUCCAAAGAGUUCACAUACUUUUUCUUGCUACUGUAUUAAGCUCAAUCAACAACAUUUGUGGCAUAAUGCUGAUUACCACAAAAUGUUUUAAUUUCGAUGCACCCCUUCUUUUCUUUAAAAAAACUGCAAAAAUCAAGUUUACAGUGAGGCACUUACAAGGGAAGUGAAUGGGGCCAUAUUUUGGAGGGUUUAAAGGCAGAAAUAUGAAGCUUAUAAUUCUAUAACAGCACUUACAUUAAUUACAUUAACUCUUAUGGUAAAACUUGUGUAUUAUCUGAGCUGUAAAGUUUUUUAAAUCAUAGUUUUAGAGUCAUUUUAGGGUUUACAGCAUUAUGUCGUCAUCGCAACAAAGUUGUACAUUUGGAAAUAAUUUUACACAGAUAAGAUUAGAAAGCUAUUUUAUCACACUACAAUCAUGUUAACAUGCAUAUUGUUUACAUCUUGUGGCUAUACCUUUAAAAAAGGGAGUAUUUUAACAUUUACAGACUGGCCCCAUUCACUUCCAUUGUAAGUGCCUCACAGUAAUGCAGAUUUUUGCUUUUUUUUUUUUUUUUUGAAAGAAAAGGAGGGACAUCCCCAUUAUGCCACAAAUGCUGUCGAUUGAGCUUAACUUAGUUCAUAAUACCUAAAGCAUUAAGUAAUGUUAACGUACUGUAUACCCAGCUAACAAUUUUUGUUUACCAGAACAUUCCAGGAAUGUUAGUUUAUAAUAAAACCUAAAAAGAACAUACCUAGGACAUAGGAAUUUGUUCACAAAAAAUAACCAAACGGAAUCCAUACGCUAACGCUAGCAGAACGUUCUAUGCUUGCAAGGUAAAACCUUAUUGUAAAGUGUUACCACUUUGAUUUUGAUAUCACCACAUUAAAUCAUUGAAUGUAUUUAUUUAUGAAACUAUUUUUAUCUGUUCAGAGAGUGGCAUUUGUUGUCUUAAUGCUAGAAUGUGUUUGGAAAAAUAUAGCUGAGCCGAACGAUUACCUGACUUACUUAAAGAUCUUACUGGAUUUCUCGAUAUACACUACCGGUCAAAAGUUUUGAAACACUCAUUCUUUAUUAUAAUUUUUUUUUUCACAUUUUAGAAUAAUAGUAAAGUCAUUAAAACUAUGGAAUAACAUAAAUGAAACUAUGGGAAUUAUGUUGUGACUAAACAAAAUCCAAAAUAAAUCAAAACUGUGUUAUAUUUUAGCAUCUUCAAAGUAGUCACCCUUUAUCAAAUUUGGCAGACAUGUACUCUUGACAUUUUCUCAACCAACUUCUUGAGGUAUCACCCUGGGAUGCUUUUUAAACAGUAUUGAAAGAGUUCCCAUCUAUGUUGGGCAUUUAUUGGCUGCUUUUCUUUAUUAUUUGGUCCAAAUCAUCAAUUUCAAAACCUUUAUUUAUUUUAUUUUUUUUUAUUAAAUUUUAGUUUUAUAAUGAAAUAAAUGAAUAUGGUGGCACAAUUAUAUUUUUGUCUACAAAACUAUUUUCAAACAUUUAAGCAUACGCCUUCAGAUCAAAAGAUUUUUAAGAUCAUGAGAAACAUUUCAGUCAAGAGUUUCAAAACUUUUGACCGGUAGUGUAUAUAAAGGAAUUAUUCAUAGUAGGAAACACUGUGUGGUGUCAUUUAAAUGUCACGUAUUUUGUCACCCAGUUGCCGCCAUGAAUGUGCCAGGGAUUUGUGUGUCAGACGGAUAGAUUAAGCAUCAUUUAUCUGGAAUUGUUUAGUACUGAGUUUCGAUUACCUGCUGCUGCACUGUAAUUAAUAUUUUAAAGGGAUAGUUGAAUGAAAAUUCUCUCAUUAUUCAUUUACCCUGAUGCCAUCCCAGAUGUGUAUGAUUGUCUUUCUUCAGCAGAACACAAAUG